UCGCCAUGGCACCCGACAGUCACUAGAAUGAUUCCCUACCCUUAAAAAAUGCCUAACCAGGCAAAGAAAGUAACUUCUACAUCAACUACAGAUAAACAAACUAAAACAAAAAAGAAGAAAAAGAGCAGUUCAUCUCACAAAAUCAGAAGAGAAUCCGGCUCAGACUCCAAUGAAGGCGUGAAAAAGAAAUCCAAAUCCAGACGAGGACGAAUCUCAAGUGAUUCUGCUGGAUCUACAAGUCAAGAGUGUAGUCCUGCUUUAAGUGGCAGUAGUUCCAGUAAUGACAGAACAACAAGUAGCAGUAGUGGAGAAAAUAUUUCAGUUCUUUACCAAAGUGAAAAUUCUGAUUUAGACUGUGCUAAAGAAAGACUUAAUGGAGAAGAAAGUAAAACAAACACAACUAACUCUUUGACGACGAGAAAUGAAAGCCUUCGUUGGGACAAUGUUCGCAACAAUGAAGAUGAUGAAGAAGAAAGAUUACGGGUUUAUAAAAUCAAUAGAAGAAAAAGAUAUAUGGAGGUUUUUCAGAAGAAUGCUGAUGACCGUUCAAGUCAAUUCUAUGCCUCGUGAAUGGUAUCAUGACCAGUAAAUAGAAUUCGUGCUUUUUAGUGACGCUUUUCUACUAAUCUGGUAAUAAUUAAUUUGAGUUAAUGGUCAAUUGUUGCCGAAGUCUGAGGUACAUGUGACUCGUUAGAAUUAAGUUUUAGUGAUGGCAAAUUUGUCUUGAGCAGUAGCUACAGCUAUAUAGGAAACUGAAAAAGAUGUUCAAUAUAUUUUUAGAUUUCUUUGCUUUCAAUGCCAACAGCAGAUGUAAAUAUUUUGUACAGAACUGAUGACAAAGGUCGACAAAGGUCGUAUAGACGUGACGCGUUUGUCACUUUAUCAAGUUUCUAAAAUAGUAUCCCAUAAAAUAUCGAACUGUGUUUUUUUUGAAAAAAAAAGUUUGAAAACGUAACGUGAAUGGUAAAAAUGACAGAUUUUGUUUAACUUCUGUUAAAAUAAAUGCUAGAAAAGCUCUAAUAACUUGUCAGUGUAGGAACGUGGAUUCAUCAAUCAGAAACUGAACAAAUUUCAUGGAAUUGUCAAUGUUGCAAUUAAAUUUACGGAUUUACUCCGAUCUUUUUUGAGCGA